AUGGCUACUUUCUUUCUCUCAUUCACAUCUUCCUCGUUACUCUUAUUCAACCACAACCUCCAUACCCAAUUAGGACCUACUCCCAAAUCAUUCCUUUCCUGUUCCAAGGCUACGACUUUUUCCUUCACCGCCUCGGCGGCCACGGUGGAUAAAGUAAGGGUCGUUCACGGAGGAAAACACGUGGAGCAAGAAACGUUGAAGCAACCUAGACCAACCGAAGUCUACGUCUGCAACCUUCCUAGAAGCUGUGAUGUACAACAUCUACUUCAUAUGUUCAAUCCUCAUGGAACCGUACUCUCCGCUCAGAUUUGCCGGAAUGAGGAGACUGGUGAAAGCAGAGGGAGUGCUUAUGUCACAAUGGCAUCUAUUGACUCCGCAAGAAAAGCAAUUGCUGAAUUGGACGGAUUGGAUGUUGGUGGGCGCGAAUUGUGGGUUAGAUUUUCAGCUGAGAUGAAUCCCAAGAGGAGGAAUCUUGAUACAAUGAACUCGUUACCGGUAAGAACUAUAUACUAUGAAGGUCCUUAUAAGUUGUAUGUUGGGAAUCUUUCCAAGUUUGCUAGGCCUGAAGACUUGAGGCAGCUUUUUGGUAGAUUUGGUAAUGUGACUAGUGUAAGGGUGUUGCAAGAUAUGAAACAAGGGAGACAAAGAGUCUAUGCGUUUGUCUCUUAUCUUUCAGAGAGAGAACGUGAUGCAGCAAAGUCUCUCAAUGGAACGGUAUAUCUAUUCUACCUUAUCACACUUUUUGAUUCCAACUGUACUUUGUGGUCGUACACUAGAAGCUCUGUUCUGGUAUGUAUAACUGAGAUUGAUGCGAGAAACUUCCAGAGCUAUAAAAUGUCAGCGAGUGGAGUGGACCUACUGUGGAAAGGCCAUCAAAAUCGGGAUUUAUACCCUUAG